AUGGAACUUGAUUGGGAAGAAAUUGGUGCUGACAUAUCUAAAUACAUGGAUAAUGAUGAAUUCUUGGCUGCAAGAACUCCUCAACAGAUGUGCAAAAUUCUUAAUAAUGCAAAACUAAGUCCUUGUGAAUUCACAACAUUAUUUACGAACUUAUCAAGAUAUCAUGGCAAAGCAAACAUGCUUAUGAUGCUUCUUUGUGCACGCACAAAUGAAUUUACAACCAAAGAACAAGCCAUUGAAGUUUCUGACACAAUUUCAUCGGUACUUGGAAUACGUCUUCUUGAUUCAGUAUUUUCAGUAUUCAAGAACAAUCUCAGCCAAACAGAUGUUCGAGUAUUGCCUCAAGAAAAUGAAAAGCCAAGAAUUCAUCAUUAUCCAUGUAUUCGAAAGGGAAGAUUGUAUGUUAAGACAUUGACAGGCCUACAUAUUGUAAUCACUGAUUUUGAUCUCAAUAAUAAAGUAGAGGAUCUUAAAAAUUCGAUCCAAGAUAGAGAAGGUAUACCUCCUGAUCAACAAAGAUUAAUUUAUAACGGUAUGGAACUUGAAGAUAAAAAGACUCUUAGAAACUAUGGAAUUCGUUAUGGAGGUACAAUACAUCUUGUGUUAAGACUUCGUGGUGCAAAACCAGUGAUUUAUUUGUAUCCAAAAGAAGAAAUAAAGGCAAAGGUAAAUAUCAAAAUCAAUGAUGGUGAUUUUUCUUUUGUUUAUCCUUCAUUUGAUGAAAAGAAUACAUGGAAUAUCAAAGCACUACCAUCAGGCGAGAUCAUUCACAGAGGAAAGAAGAUGAGAUACCUAUUCUGGGAAACAUUAUUCUAUCCAAAUCUCAAAUUGGACAGAGGAUUUUGCAUUAAAGGCAAAGAGAGUGUUUCUUUUUUCGAGGAAAGACUCAAGUCUAUGAAUCUCAACGACACAGAGAUUUGCGAUUUCAUUACAUACUGGGGUCCGAAACUUUGUGGCUACAAAUACAUCAAAAUCUGCUUCCAGUUCGAAAACUUUGAUGAGAUGUGUCCAAUGAAUGUCGAACCAAAGCCAGACAACAUCAACAGAGUCUUCUUCGCAGCUCUCCCUCUUGACAAUCCAUGUGACAUUGAACCACAAGAACUUCCUGUAUUCAAACGUGAUGGAUUCACAGUCAUCGAAUGGGGUGGAACUAUUGUUACUGAAAAACUCUAA